AUGUUAAUGCCUGUUUAUUCCGUUUUUGCAGGUUAUAUUCCUUUUGGGACCCCAAUUGUGGUUGGCCUUCUCCUCCCUCAGCAGACAUUGGGGACUACUGUUUUUUGGCAGUGGUUGAACCAGAGUCACAAUGCCUGUGUGAACUAUGCAAAUAGAAACGCAACAAAGCCAACUCCUGUGUCUAAGUUCAUCUUGGGUUACAUCGGAGCAGUUACCAGCGCAGUCUCAAUAGCAGUAGGCCUGAAUGUUUUCAUCAAGAGAGCCAACAGAUUUAACCCUGCAAUCCUCUCACUCAUCCAGCGGUUUGUGCCAUUUCCUGCUGUAGCAGCUGCAAAUGUCUGCAAUGUGGUGCUGAUGAGACACAAUGAGCUAGAGGAAGGGAUCUCAGUGUUGGACAUGGAUGGAAAUGUGAUUGGAUCUUCGAGGAUCGCUGCCAGACAUGCACUGAUGGAGACUGCCUUGACGAGAAUAGCCCUCCCUAUUCCUAUCUUGGUGCUGCCCCCAAUUGUUAUGUCACUACUGGAAAAAACAUGGAUACUCAAGGGACGUCCAAGAUUGACACUUCCUAUGCAUAGCCUCGUGUGCCUGGCCGCAUUUGGAUUUGCACUGCCUGUUGCCAUCAGCCUCUUCCCACAAAUGUCAGAGAUUGAAACUUCAAAACUGGAGCCAGAGAUCAAGAUAGCAACAUCCAGCAAGAGUAUCUUUUAUAAUAAGGGGCUGUGAGGAUCUGUAAUAUUUCAGGCAGCAGGUGAAAAUCUCUUAAUCAGCGUCAAUGAUCAGUGACAAUGGAGAAAUACUUAUGGAAGAUGUUUCUUACCUGAUUUAUCUAAAUUACUGCAUAUUUGAUAAUCGAGUAUAGCCAGCGACUACUGGCAGUCUCACACAACAAUCAAGUUUCAAAAUGGAAUAAUAUCUCUAUUGACUCAGGGUGUGAAUUUUCUGUCCAGUGCAGUACACACGAACACCCAGUGCACCUUAUGCUAAUACUGUGAAGUCAAGCACUUCAUAAGAACAGAGAAAAUGGAAAGUGGACUCAGCAGUUUUAAGCCUGGUCUGCCAUUCAACGGGAAUAGAGUUGUUCGUCUACUUAACUCUGCCUUUCCACACUAUCUCCAGAUCUCUUUAUUCCCUCAAUAACUAUCAAGCUGACUCUGAGAGAUCCAUCCCACCUCACACUGACACUGGAGGAGUUAUCCAUUUUCUCAGGUUUCUCUUUCUCCAAACCAUUGUAAGAGAUGUAACAACUGUGUCUCUGCUUGCUCACAUAGUUAUUCAGCUAGUGGGAGUUGGUUAGCUCAGUUGGCUGGAUGGCUGGUUUGCAAUGCAGAGUUAUACCAACAGCAUGGGCUUAACUCCCACACUGACUGAGGUCACCAUGAUGUUUCUGUAUUCUCAACCUUACCCCUCACCUGAGGCAUGGUGAGCCCCAGGUUAAAGUCACCACCAGUGUCUGUCUGUGCAAUGAAAGAGCAGUCGUCUGGGAUAAUGAUGACAGCUGCUGUUCAACAAGCCUGCACCUAAAACCUAGAGACACAACUGACCAACCUCACAACUAAUAUAACAUGACCCCUUCCACUUCACUCUGUGAAGAACAAUAACUGUACUCUGUUUCUGAAAAGAGAAUGACUGGUAUUAUUUGAGCAGCAACAUUAGCUACAGUGGAACUGAAGACAACCUCUUUAGCCAUAAAGCCAUAAUUUUAGCCGUGAUUUGUGAACGCUUCGAUUUAGUCUCAGUAACACUGAAUGAUGCAGUGGCACUAAGUUAGUUAAAUUAACAUUGAAUAGAUUUAACUUUGAAAAAUGAUUAUAAAUGAUUUGAAUGUCUUAAAGAGUGUAUUUGUCUUUGACAAUUUUGUGCACAUGCACAUACACAUCUUACAACUGCUUUUAUUUUGGGAUUGAUGCGGUGUUCAGACAUCAUAAUGCAGGGUCUCAACAAGCAGACAGUAAGCCCAAGAUAAAGGCUGGAUUAGGCAAGUACAGUUGGCAAACAGAUUCCACACUGACAACCAACAGCACAACACCACAGUAUAACCACUUUGAUGCAAUCAGUGACUUAUCAGAAUUGACUCACUGCAUAACAGUAAAUGAGAGUGUUGAAAAAGCUAAUAAAAUAUUCACGAAAGGAAA